UCGUGUUCCCAUGCAGCUGCCUCCGAUUAUGAGCUCUCCCUUGACCUAAAGAAUAAACAGAUUGAAAUGUUAGAGCACAAAUACGGAGGUCACCUGGUAUCUCGAAGGGCAGCCUGCACCAUCCAGACUGCUUUCCGGCAGUACCAGCUCAGCAAGAACUUUGAGAAGAUCCGCAACUCACUGCUGGAGAGCCGCAUGCCACGCCGCAUCUCUCUGAGGAAAGUCCGGGUCCAGAACUCAGAGAGCUUCUCUGCUGAGAAAGCCCUGGUGGAGGGGUACAACUUUGUGGGCAUCCCAUUGGUGAGGUCCCCAUCUUUGCCAGCUACCAUCAGUGGAGCACUGACCGAGCUGGAGGACUCCUUCACGGAACAAGUUCAGUCACUGGCCAAGUCUAUUGAUGAUGCCCUCAGCACCUGGAGCCUGAAGACCAUGUGCUCACUGCAAGAUGGGGGCUCAUACCAGAUAAGGGAGACCUUCAGUGCCAGCUCAAUGCAGCCAAACCAAGACUUAGAAGCUGAGCUGCAGGACAAGGAAAAGGAGGAAGGGCUCCUGCCAGAUACCCUACCCAAGAGCAGCAGCACUCUCAUGAUGGCUUUUCGGGAUGUCACAGUCCAGAUCGACAACAAGAACAUCUCUGUCUCAUCAUCUACCUCGGUGUCCAUGGCAAACUGCCUCAGCAGCAGUGCUCAGGCUGGGCUCUCUCAAGCUACCAAGGCUGAAGAAAGCCCAGGAGAAGGGGAGGGAGAAGCCAGUGAACCACCGACUGCCCCAGAAACCUUACCUGAGUCCAGAGCUCUCCAGAACAGCCACGCUCUCACCGAGGUGAAUGUCAGUACUAAUGGCACAGGAGACAGCAGUGCUGAGCCUGGGCAGAUGGCAGUGCAGAAGCUCCAGUUUGAUGCCAGCAAUGAGAUGGGGCAAAGCAAAGGCUCUGAGUCUGAGAAUGCAGAUAACUCAGAGCAGCUGAGCAGCAGCAGCACCUCUACUUCAGCCAAGUCAGCCUCAGAGGUGUCCUCAAAAGAAGCACUGCAGGCCAUGAUCCUCAGCCUCCCAAGGUACCACUGCGAGAAUCCAGCGAGCUGCAAGUCCCCCACGCUUUCCACAGACACCAUGAGGAAGCGCCUCUACCGCAUUGGGCUGAACCUCUUUAAUAUAAAUCCAGACAAAGGGAUCCAGUUCCUGAUCUCCCGAGGCUUCAUCCCGGACACCCCCAUUGGGGUGGCACACUUCCUGCUCCAGCGGAAGGGCCUCAGCCGCCAGAUGAUUGGGGAGUUCCUGGGCAACAGCAAGAAGCAGUUCAACAGGGACGUCCUGGAGUAA